GUAAUGACUCUGAUUCAGGACAUCCCUGUUCCGGUCAUCGCCAUGGUGAACGGCGUUGCCACGGCGGCCGGUUGUCAGUUGGUCGCCAGCUGUGAUGUUGCCGUGGCGACGGAGCAGUCCACUUUCGCCACCCCGGGGGUGAACGUCGGUUUGUUCUGUUCCACGCCGGCCGUCGCCAUCGGAAGAGCCGUGCCCAGGAAGGUUGCUAUGGAGAUGCUGUUAACAGGAAGUCCCCUCUCGGCCCAUAAUGCAUUGCUGCACGGUCUCAUCAGUAAGGUGGUGCCGGAGGAUCGUCUGGAGGAGGAAACGUUAUUGAUCGCUCAGAGAAUCUGUCAGGCGAGUCGCCCGGUCGUCGCCCUCGGGAAGGCCACGUUCCAGAGACAAAUGUCUCAGGGUCGAGACGCCGCAUACGCCACGGCUUCCAGAGUGAUGGUGGACAACCUGGCGCUGAGAGACGGACAGGAGGGGAUCCGAGCGUUCAUCGAGAAACGAAAACCAGUGUGGAGCAAUAAAGCAGAGAAAGCCCACGACUGAUGGACUGUUGACUCUAAUAGAGGAGAUGUUACCAGUCUCAAGAGAAUGGGAGGGAUAUCCUACUUUUAAAAAAUGUAGAUUUGUAAUUGGAGACGAUUAAAGUGUGAAUUGUUGACUCGAUGAACCGUUGUGUGCCUUAGAAUCUGCAGUGUGGAGAUGAGAAGGAAAUUAAUCUCUAAUGACGAAAUGGACUAAGAAUGCUGCUCUCUGUAUUAUUGUAAAUACAAUAAAUAAGAUUACAAAUUACA